AUGUUGAGACAGACGGUCGUGUUGUUGGCGAUAGUCGGUGUCGCAUUAGCGGCGUUGUCAAUCGGACCUCUAGAACCGAAACCUGACAAAUAUAGCAAGCAACCCGGAUGUUAUAUUAAGGCACUGGACAAGGUAAUACCUUUCGGACAGGCGGCGCCAGAUAACAAAAGUUGUAUGGAGUACAGAUGUGGAGAGACUAUGAUCACAUAUGUCACCUGCGGCGCGGUGGCCACAUCUCCGCCGUGUAAGAUUGUGGAGGACAAGUCAAAACCCUACCCUGCAUGCUGUCCGAAAAUAAAGUGCUAG